ACAUUGAGAUUAACAACGUCAGUGUUCAGUAUGAGAAUAGUGGAAAGUAGUAAUGCAACAGUCAAAUUAACAAAAGAUUUCGAAGUGAAGAAUGGUACAAGAUUAAUCACAGUGAAUCGAGCAAGUUCAUUAGAUAUCAAUAUUUGGGGUCCAAAAGAUCCAAAAGUUUGGAUCCCAAAUCGAUUAAAUCAUCUCAAUCGAAAAUCUUUAUUACAUUUCGGUUCAGGUCAAACUAAAUGUGCUGGUAUGAAAUUUGCUCAAGUUGAAUUAGUUUCAAUCUUAUUAGGUUUUUUGAAUCGAUUUGAUUGUCAACUCUUAAGGAAAAAUGGAAAUCAAAUCUUGAUUGAUGAUCUUGAUGAUCAAAUCAUCGGAUUCUCUCCUGGGUUUUUACCUCCUACUGUUGGUUUAGGUGUUGUCAUGAAACCUAGAGAAGAAGUUUGGGUUAACUUGAGAUUGAGGAAUUUGGAGAAUUGAUGUUUGAUUUUCUUUUACUUUGUAUGAGAAUUGAUGGGUGUGUUGGGGAGUUUUCUGAUGAAUUGGUUGGAAAAUUGAUUUGAUUUUAUUGGGGGUUGCCUUUUGGAGGAGAAAAGUAGUUAAUGUAUGAUAAACACCGGUCAAUUUGAUUGGUAAUGAUAAUAAUAAUGAUAAAAAAAGCUGACCAGCUUUAAGAAUUUUGCUCUU